AUGGCGCUGCUGGUGCGACCAGGAGGGUUGAGCACGAAGCUGAAGGAGGGAAGCAGGGCCAAGGAGCUGCCCUCAGCAGUGCCCCGAGUCUCUGGAGGAGCCCACCACGGGCCCGGGGAGAGCCCAGGAGACCGGAAGGAGCCCCACCACGGGCCCGCGGAGAGCCCGGGAGACCGGAAGGAGCCCCACUACGGGCCUGGGGAGAGCCCGGGAGACCGGAAGGAGACCCACCACGGCCCGGGAGACCGGAAGGAGCGUGCCUACCACGGGCCCGCGGAGAGCCGGAGAGACCGGAAGGAGCCCCACCACGGGCCCGGGGAGAGCCCAGGAGACCGGAAGGAGCAUGCCUACCACGGGCCUGAGGAGAGCCCGGGAGACCGGAAGGAGCCCCACCACGGGCCUGAGGAGAGCCCGGGAGACAGGAAGGAGCCCCACCACGGGCCCGGGGAGAGCCCAGGAGACCGGAAGGAGCCCACUACGGGAGCCCACUACGGGCCUGAGGAAAGCCCGGGAGACCGGAAGGAGCGUGCCUACCACGGGCCCGCGGAGAGCCGGAGAGACCGGAAGGAGCCCCACCACUGGCCCGGGGAGAGCCCGGGAGACUGGAAGGAGCCCCACCACGGGCCUGAGGAGAGCCCGGGAGACCGGAAGGAGCCCCACCACGGGCCUGAGGAGAGCCCGGGAGACAGGAAGGAGCCCCACCACGGGCCCGGGGAGAGCCCGGGAGACCGGAAGGAGCCCACUACGGGAGCCCACUACGGGCCUGAGGAAAGCCCGGGAGACCGGAAGGAGCGUGCCUACCACGGGCCCGCGGAGAGCCGGAGAGACCGGAAGGAGCCCCACCACUGGCCCGGGGAGAGCCCGGGAGACUGGAAGGAGCCCCACCACGGGCCUGAGGAGAGCCCGGGAGACCGGAAGGAGCCCCACCACGGGCCUGAGGAGAGCCCGGGAGACAGGAAGGAGCCCCACCACGGGCCCGGGGAGAGCCCAGGAGACCGGAAGGAGCCCACUACGGGCCCGGGGAGAGCCCGGGGGGCCGGAAGGAGCGUGCCUACCACGGGCCUGGGGAAGCCCGGGAGACUGGAAGGAGCCCCACCACAGGCCCGCGGAGAGCCGGAGAGACCGGAAGGAGCCCCACCACGGGCCCGGGGAGAGCCGGGGAGACCGGAAGGAGCCCCACCACGGGCCCGGGGAGAGCCCAGGAGACCGGAAGGAGCCCGCUACGGGCCUGAGGAAAGCCUGGGAGACCGGAAGGAGCGUGCCUACCACGGGCCCGCGGAGAGCCGGGGAGACCGGAAGGAGCCCCCUACGGGCCUGAGGAGAGCCCGGGAGACCGGAAGGAGCCCACCACGGACCUGA